AUGGCGACUCUGAGAUGCAAUGCCUCCCAAGAUCGAGACAUGGCUCGGCUCAUUCGAUCUCAAACCGAAAAAACCCUUCGCAAAAGCAACAACGACUGGGGCAGCGUACUAAGCGCAGGACCACAAGCGCUCACAUGCCUUGCGCAGUGUGUGCUUGUUGCCAAUGGGCACAAGGCCGGUGGUCUGAUUGAGCUACAACAGCACGGUCAGAUGAGCUAUCUUUCGUUCAAUCAAGCCGAGCGGAAGAUGAGUAUGCUGCUUCGCAACGCAGAAGUGAUCUGCGGCCCCAGUGGAUUGAUCGACAAGAUCCUCGUAACAUGCUCGCAGGAAGACGUCUCAACUUCUCGUUUGACAAGGUUACUCGAUAGAUUGGACACGAUCUCGAAAGACUGCGUGGAUAAGAUCGCUGCCGUCUCCGACGAGUUCGAAGCAGUAUCGACGUUGGCUGACAAUAUUCACCAAGCCACGAUUGCCUCAAAUGAUAAUGCGGCACGUAAUAUUGACGCUCUGGAAUCGAGGCAAAGCGAGGCAAACGCGCGCAAAGAACAUUCUAAAGCUUCGAUGGCGGCUGCCAAAUCAUUAGUCGAUGAAAGCGAGAGAGAAUCACUCGAAUUCAAAAAGUUACUAGAUGAGGCUCGAAACAACCUGAACUCAGAACUGGAUCCAGAUUGGAAUAGGAUGCUCAAAAGGUCUGCACCAGAACUCAUUCGUGGCGUUGGGUUGUUGGCGGCAGCUACCCAGCCCAGCAAUUACGCCGCUGCUCUGAAAACAAUGUCCGAGUUCAUCCAAGCUAUCGGCGAGGAUCAUGCCGACAUGAAGGAUCGACAAGAUAGGCAAGCAGCGCGGCAGAAUGAUACUAGCUCAUCAUGCGACGAUUUGAAAGACUCAGAUGACGAGACACAUGCUUGGUCCAUUCUACGCCGUUUGGAAGAACCCGCGCGCUCGUUGAAUGAACAUCUACAUGCAAACAACAAGGAACCUGAUUGGGAGGGCCUUUUGGGGAAGACGACAUAUACUGGAGGUAAUCAACCUUGGCCGAUCGGUAUGAUCGAUACUGAACUCGCGAAUAUCUCGGGCGCUUAUGCUGCAGAAUCUUCUGUGGUGCGUUUCCAGGCGGAUAAAAUGAUUGAAGCUCUGCGAACGCUUGUGCAAAAGAUCAAAGGGGAAGUUGAAAAGGACUAUUUCCAUAUCGAGAAAAGGUCUCCCCCACACGAGACAGUGCGUAAAUGGCAGGCUGCCAGCUUGAAGAUCUGUGAGAACGUACAACAGCAAAUUCAAGCAAGGGUAAAAACAAUAUCUUCCACGAAACGAGCAAAGGCAAAGGAAGAGGAGCGGAAGUCUGAGAAGAGAGAGGUUGAGACCAAGAAAGCCGAAGCGUCACUGCAAAAGUCUCGAGACAAGCGUGCGGAGAAAGAGCGACAACAUCGCGAAGAGACAGCGAAACACAUGGAUUGUACUUACCAAAUCCAGAAGUUGGCUGAUCAAGGAUUCACCUUAGACAGUAUGAAGGAGGUUCUGCGGCGGUGUCUCACGCAACUGAGUGAAUUCAAAAAUCGUCUUAGACAAUUUCAACAGUUCUUCAACAAUCUGAGAGAUGAAGUCGACAAUCUCUGCAAGAAUGCAAUUGGGGAUCUGAAGAUGAGUGGCGAGGAUUUGGACGAUGCGCCCACUCAGAGAGUCCAGUGUCUGGAUAGAGGUACUGACGGGGAUCAGGACAUUCGUGCAGGCGUAAUCGCCGUCCUUGUGGGAUAUCAGUGGGCCGGUGAGGCGGCGGAAACAUACUUCGAAGUCUCAAGAAAACACAUCAUGCCUGGUAUCAAACAUAUCGACGGCAUCAUGGCUCGAGGAGUAAUCUCAAAAUCCCACAAAGAUCUCGACAGAUCGUUACAAGAGAUUGCAAAUUUUGCUGAAGCGGCCGAGAAGAGUAUCAUCCAUUUUGCAGAGACACGUCGCGCCAAGCUACAGGCCAGUCGUUAUGAAACUCGAAGGGAGGUGCUAGAAAUAGUCCAGAAUGAGUUAGAGAGCAUAUCACAGCUCAAAUAUCCGCCUGUUGCUACAGAGUCCAGAGCAGACAGUCCGAGGACCGAUGAGCCUAUAGAGAUGGUUUCUAGGACCAGCGCCGGCCAAACUGGGAAGUUCGACACCUUCAUUUAUCCUAUGCCAGGAGCCUUUGAUUUUUGA